CAGUUCCGGGGGGGUCCUCGCAGUAUGCAACGUAUGCCGCACGACCCGUUAUUAUACGCCGGCCCCUGCGGCCACUACGUCCAAUUCGGCCGCUCGGUGUCCGGCCAUUCGUGCGUCCCGUAGUGGCACAGCCGAUGUACGUUGGGCCUACGGUGCCUGCGAUGCCUGCAGCAAACCCGAACUUGGUUUUCACGGCUCCCCAGGCUCACGGUAAACCUCAGAGACUGCCUGACAUUGAACUACGGCAGGGGAGUAAAGACCGACAGACCCAGCGUGAGCAACUACAACGAAAUCUCGAAGAAAUCAAAAAACCUUUACUGAAGAUACUCAACAGUGGGGCGAAGAUAGCAUUACAUAAGGUCCUGCAGCAGCAAGAAAAGCGGCAGCAAGCGAAGUCGCAAAAAUCGGGCUCUAAUACCCAAGUUCCGGAUCCUAAGAGGACAACAGCUACAAUAAGUCCAACGACUUUAAAGAAUAAAUUGAGAUUGGAACAGUUGAUCAAUGGCGCCGAAGUGGUACUCAAACACUACCUAGAUAUGAGAACUCGCAUCAAUGGAAGUCGGGCCAUUCAGGCCCAGAAGAGGGCCGACUUAACGCGAUUCCGGUCGGCCUUAGAGAACAAUCAUGAAGAUAAGGAUGUGCUGAAAAAGAACUCUUCAACGAAGGUCAAACCUGUAAAGGGACAGGCACUUAGCAAAGAUAAAACAACGCCUAUUCCAAAGUUGACAGGUUUUAGUAAAAACAAACCUGUUGUCAUGAGACAAUCAUCGAAUUCAACAACGGCAAAAACAGCUACAACAGCAUCAUCAACAGCAGAUGCAGCGGCGGCCAACAGGAUAAUUGCCUCGGCUUUGUUACCUGCUGCGUUUGGUUCGGCAACCAAAAAGCCUCUGUCUGACGGUCGAACUACAGGGAUACCAAACCUGUUGAGACCGUGGUCGACUUCAAAUCUGUUAAAUCUGUUGACAAAUGGCGCUUUGUAUAGUCCAACGCCACCGAAGAAGAAGCCCUCAGAUGAAAUCGAUUGGAGGACGGCCAACGUUUCCUUGAUCGACGCUAAGAUCGUUAACGAUACCAAAGGACGUAGAGUCGGCUACACACCGACGACGUGGUAUGCAGACGAAUCAACCGAAACAUCGCAGAAUGAUGUGGUGUUGGCCAAACUGGCUACAAUUGGAUCUUCAACCCUUGGGUCAAGCAGCUCCAGAGCGGAUUUCGACGCGGGUAAUUCUGAAAUGGCUACCACAUCGAGUGAGGAAAUCCCUGUUUCGGCAGAGACGGUAUCUUCUUCAUCCACAAAAUUGGUGCCCACCGCCGAUAGCUCCGAGGAGGUAACGCAUCAAGUGUUCCUAGUAAGAGGCUCGACUACUGGAAGCGGCCUGCUCAAAAGAGGAACAGCAAAACCGUUAUUGCACUCCUCAUCUGACGAAACCGCCCGCUCCGAGGAGCUGCCACUGUGGGUGCUGACCACGAGGAAGCCGACUCAUUCGUUUGGAUUCGGCCAUUCUGUCGUUAUCAACAACCAUAGGGCGCCUUCCCAGAACGGCUUGAAACUUAGGCGUACAACCACGACGUCCACGACGAGACGACCCAGUUCGGAAGCUCUAUCAUCAUCAUCGUCAUCACCAUCCGCGGGCUCCUUCGAAGGUAUUGCGCACAGUCAGUCGGAAGCGUUGAGAUAUCCCACAACAACGGCGCUGCCACCAACUUCAAAUGCAUUUCCCCUAGAGGUUUUCGAUACGGACGCCUAUAACACAACCAUCGUUCACCAAAAUAUAAUAACCAUCGCAAAACCUACUCGUCCCUACACGGUUCGAACUACUCAGAAAUACGAUCCGACAUCUCUGACCAGUCCAAUGCCUGACCGCAAGUCGGAUCAUUGGCAAGAGGUCACUAUAAAGCCAAUUAAUUGGGAAGACUCCGAGGAAGUUGCAAUGGCCAAUCGCCUGUCGCAAAGUCGACCAUCAUCGAUUCGAACGAAGCCGCCGCCAAAAGCCGCUUCAAAGGUACCUGCCGUCAUCAGUACGCCAUCGCCGAGCUUUACCUCCGCAAAGAAACUUCAAAAACCACUGAAAACCAUGCUAAACACGUCCGACGGGGAAACGACAAUCUCAAACUGGCCUGAGAAUACCACGAUCAAGCCAUGGGCAGCCGCCGCCGAAUCACAGUUUGGUAAUCGGCCGAUUUCACAGGUGCCAGCUCUCCUGAGUCCAUUUGGCUCGCUGAUUCAGAUGUUCCCGAACUCUUUAUUCCGUGUACUGCAAACAUUAGGCGGACUUAUCUUCGCCCUUCCAACAAUGCUCACGGCAGCGUUUGUCGCGGCUAUGCUUUUUGUCUAACGUUAGCAAACAGUUUUAGGGAAACAAAUAUGUUAGUUUUUCGCGGGUUUUUUGGCCUCCAUCGCGAUAUCGCCCUACGUCUAAUACAAUUUGUUAACCGCCAACGCAAAAUAGCGCGUCUGGAGGUUAUGGAGUUUUAGUUGUAUUGGCACUGAUACUGGGGUGGUCAAUUUCCCCCGGGGGGAGCUGACCAUCCUCACUUUUACCUCGUGUCUGUGAGGAUGAAACAACAUGUGUAUACCCCCGCUCGUGAUGCAAUAGACCCUCUUCUGCAUAGUAGCGUUUCAUAUAGGUACAUCUGUAUGUACAGGUCGGUGCAACGGGCAGGAUUAACGUGUGUCAUUGUUAGGCGUAAUUAAAUCAAUGAAAGGUUGACUAUUUCUAUAUACAAAUAUAUAUUAAGCUGUUAACCAUACUGAACGCGAUUGCGCUCCACUGAACUUUUUUUUUUUUUAAUAAUUUUACAUUGAUUUUUUUGGUUUGCAGUGUUAUCCUAGCUUUGGUUAAUCGAUUUUCUCGUAUAUUUCUUUUUUGUAUCUUGUUAGAAAAAUUGUACAAGUACCGAAAGUGUUUGUAGCGUUACAUCUGCUUAGAUGCAGCCCGCAUCAUCGGUAAAAAAAUAAUGGUACUUAAUAUAAGGAUAGGUGAUUACCUAAACUUAAUGAUCGUGUCUUAUCACCUGGUAAUCAAACAUACUAUGCAGGUUGACAAUACACUCUCGACGAAUUCUGCUAUAAUAUACCUUGAUAUACGAGUAUGCCCUAUAAACCCGCUUGUAGAUAUAUAACACCGAAACAAACAUAUGCCAUGAAGCCAACAUUAUGUAGAGACGUUGAUUCACCACUGCCCGUCCAAAAUAACUUACCUGCGCCUGAUCUACAUGACGACUAGCG